GAGGAGGAGCAGGAGGAGGAGCGGUGAUCCACAAAGGGUCGUGCCGAGCUUCUAAGGGCCUUUGGGGAGAUCCAGGGCCCAGAUAAAGUCCGGAAAGGCCGGCCGGGAGGCGGGGGCUGUGGAUUGGGGCCGGGAAGGGAGAAUUAAUGCAACUCCGCUUCAUCAGCGACUCCUCGGCCCGCAUGAUGGGGUCGGAGGAGGCCGGGCCCAGGAGGAGGAGGAGGAGGAGGAAGGAGGCGCCGUGCGGCCCGGCCUGGGUGGCCAUGGCCCUCAUGUCCGUCCUGGCCCUGCAGAUCGCCUCCACCACCGGACUCUUUGUCUACUUCACCAUGGCCAUCUCCAAGUUAAAGUCCCAAGCUCAGGGGAGUCCUGAGGAGCUGAAGUGCUUGCAGCUCAUCAACAGCCUUCAGGAAGUCGAAGAUCUGGAGGACCUUUUUAGCAACCAGUCCUGCCUCAAGCUGGUUGGCAACCUCAAGUCCUAUGUGACCACGGUGACAGAAGACAUUCUUCGCAGGAGCAUCCAGAAGGGAGCUAGGUCAGGCUUCGCCAACGCGUCGGAGGGACAGCUGAUGCCCGGCUCCUUGGCCCCCGGGGCGCAGCCCUCCGCGCACCUCACUCUGCAGCCCCACGGCUCUCCCUCGGACGCAGCCUCGGCGGCGUUCGGGGAGCUCCCCCAGUCCUGCCGCCACCCGAUCCAGAACUGGGAGGACCUAGGGCUGCUCUCGCACCUGCGCAACGUGACCCACCGUGCGGGGGCCCUCCGGAUCAACCAGGGCGGCAAGUACUACGUCUACUCGCAGAUCUACUUCCGCUACCUGGCCGAGGGCCCCGGGGCCCGGCCGUCCGCCCGCCAGCUGGUGCAGUGCGUCAGCCGCCGCACCUCCUACCGCCAGCCCAUCCUGCUCCUCAAAGGCGUCGGCACCAAGUGCUGGGCCCCCGAGGCCGAGUACGGGCUCCACGCCGUCUACCAGGGCGGCCUCUUCGAGCUCAGGGCCGGGGACGAGCUCCUCGUCUCCGUCUCCACCCCGGCCAUCGACUACACCGACGGGGCCGCCAGCUACUUCGGGGUCUUCCGGCUGGACGUGUGAGGAGGCUUGGGGGACGGGCGACCGGCCGGCCGGAGGGGCGGAGGAGCAGAGACUCGCGGUCCGGCGAGGCGCGGCCUGCUUCGUUCGCCUUCCCGCCGUUGUGGCCUCCCGGGGGGCAGGGGAGGUUUCUUCCUUCACCCCAUCUCUCCCGUGAACACCUCUGGGGAGUUAGAAGGAGAUGGGCCUAGUCUCCGGAUAGCCCUCUGGGGACCGAGGAGGCCGGAGGGGACGACGGACAAAGCCCAGAGACUCGUGUAGGUUUCCUCUCCUGCCCCAGCUCAUGCCUCCUCACGCUCCCUCAGCCUCUCCCGGGGGAUUCUGAGCCACGGGAGCAGAGGGAGAAUCGGACCCCUCGGCCCAGAGGCAGUGAACCCAGAGGCCUCCAGGUGCCUUAUUUUUGGGGAUCCACGUCUGGCGGGGCCCAGAUUAGAACCCAGGUCCUUCCCGACUUCCAGGUCCUUCCGAUCUGGAACCCUCGCCCCUCGGAUUGGGGAUUGAACCCCGAAUGAUACCUGGUGGGGCUGGAAGUCAUCAUUGUCUUAAUAGUAGGGCGAUUUACUAAGUGCUUUCUCUGCCCAAGCACUUGGGUAGGUAGAAACGCAGUCUCUGGGGCUCUCUUCCCUGAGGGAGUUGGGGUCCCCAAGGAGCCAGGAAACAGCUAGGAAAGAAAGAUGGUGGCAACAGUCUAGAACGGUCUAGAACACUUUCCCCAGGACUCUCUUCUGGUUAGAACACUGAGGAGGGCAACCUACCAGGGAAGGAAGAAUGAUGAUAAAAAUAAUAAUAAUAGCAAUAAUAAUAAUAAUCACUGUGG